UUUUAUUUUCUUGCCACCAACAUUUUCUCUUGCUGCAAAAAAAGAAACAAACAAACACAGCUACAACCGGCAGUUUUUUACUUUGUGACCACCGCAUUAUUACUCAACCAGCCCGUUUCUUCGCCCAAUGCUAUGACCCUAAUAAUGUGGCAGCAUUUAUUCGUCGUCCUUCCUUUUUCCUCUAGCGUAACCACCGAUCCUAUUCUGCCUUAUGAUGUCAAUUCCCAUCAAUCUCUUUUAAUGAACUCUUUUCCUUCCCAAAAUAACAACAUCUUCCAAUGGUCCGAGCUUUCUAACGCAGUAAAUAUUAUCCAUCUUUUAGAACACGUUCAUUUGCUUAGACCACCUCGUUCCCAGUCCUCUUCACCAACCCUUGUUAAUCAAAGCCUAAAUUGUGUGGAGAUAAAUCGUCAGGAAGCAAAGACAUCUUCUUUUUAUAAAAAGGAAAAAAAGAAAUUACAAUGCCAAUAGUCCAUCAGACUACUCAACCAAGCAACUCCAGUUUCUCCCCUUCCAUCGAACAUCAGACUGUACGCAGUGACAUUAAGGAUCGCAAGGGCAGUAGUAACAACAUUAAAGACCUCAAGCAGCAACAGCACAACGCCCACUCGAAGGUACACAUGCUAGGACAGGAGCCCUCCCUCGGUCAGAGCGAGAUUCAUUAUCAUCUUCCGAAUCAUUCAACUCGAGGGAGUCUUCCUCAGUCAAACGGUGCUGAUUCACUUCAACAGAACCAUAGGCCUGAUUCCCCUGCCAGCCUAGAGGACUCUCAAUCCGACAGUGGAGCCGACCCUUUUCCUUCAGAGACAACUGCAAUUCAGCGAUCCAUGCCGCGAUUCUCUAAUGGGGUUGGUAACCGUGCGAAAUACAAUGGUUUAUCAUCCAAACAGAACACAAUGGAUAACUACGGCUUGAUCAUUCACGCUGAUGUGGCAAAUAAUCCCACAACAUUAGCCCUUUCUCAGGUGGCGACCCCUCCUUUGUCCCCAGUCAAUGUCACUUCCGAAGGCGAGCCCGAUGAAGAGGACAAGGAUGAGGACAAGGAUGAGAACGAUACAACAAAAAUAGGUCUUGCGUCUGCAUCCUCAGCAACAACACAGCCGAUGCUAUCUGAAAGGAAUCCUACCCAGGACAGCAUCGACACAAAAGUAAAAGACUCUGUCACUAACGGAUUGGCUCAGGAAAAAAUCCAAGAAACAAAGGUUCUCCCAACAGAAGGCUCUUCACCAGUUUCUGCUGCCACACAGCCUAUUGUUCCUGCCUCGGCUUCAAACACGUCAGCAUGGUCAACACUUCUUCCAGGAGUAGCACCCAUCCCAGCAUCAAAACCACAAGUAUCCAAAUUCACUCGAGCAUCCACAUUGAGGAAACCAAACAAUCUCCAGCUACACGAACGCUUCCCCAUCAUUCUUCCUCGUGAAUGCGAGGCUAAAUUAUCGAUGGACAUGGUCGAUCUUUUCGAGAGUUUAUUGCCAACUGAAGAGAGCCACCAUCGCCGGACAAGGCUGAUAAAGAAGAUUGAACGCAUCGUGCAAUUAGAAUGGCCAGGACAGGAUAUCCAAGUCCAUCCUUUUGGUUCUACUGUUAAUGAUUUGGGAACAAGCUCAAGCGACAUUGACAUUUGUAUCAUGACGACCUGGUCAGGAUUGAGGAAUGUGCAAAUGCUGGCGAAUGUCUUCCGGAAACAUGGGAUGCAAAAGGUCUUCUGUAUACCAAGGGCCAAAGUACCUAUUGUCAAAUUUUGGGACCCUGAAUUCCGCUUUUCGUGUGACAUGAACAUCAACACGCCGCUUGGAUUGUUGAACACAAAAAUGAUCAAGACAUAUGUAUCAAUUGAUCCGCGUGUGCGACCCUUUGCCAUGAUUAUUAAACACUGGGCAAGGCGGCGAGUCUUGAACGAUGCAGCAAAUGGAGGGACCAUAUCGACAUAUACCUGGAUCUGUAUUGUUAUCAAUUUCUUACAAAUGCGCUCGCCGCCUAUCUUACCCAAGCUGCACCAAAUACCACACGUUCUUUCUGAGGAUAACCAGGUCAUUAAUGGCAACAACACAUCGUUUUGUCAGGAUCUUGAGAAAUUAGAGGGAUUCGGUCUGCCAAACAAGGAAACAUUAGGAGGUCUACUCUAUGCUUUCUUCAGAAGAUUUGCAAUCGAGUUUGAUUAUGACAAUUACGUGAUCUCUGUACGGAAUGGCUGCUACCUGACCAAGGAGUCCAAAGGAUGGCAUCUGCCUGGGAAGCAGUACAAGCUAUUUUGCGUGGAAGAGCCAUUCGACACGAGCCGCAACCUGGGAAAUUCAUCCGAUAUGAUUAGCAGCAAGGGCUUGAAGGAGGAAUUCAAGAGAGCGCUGGAAAUCCUUCAUUACAGGGUAUCCUUGAACGAAUGUUGUGAGCAAUAUGUUUUCCCGGCUAGUUACUACCAUCCCAUGAGCUUACGUAAAGGUAAUAUUAGCAACCCAAACCAUUACAGCUAUGCUCCUGGCCGAAGAUAUGCCAACGGUUAUCGCUCAAUGAACAAUUAUUACGACGACGACUAUGACGAUGAUGAGGAAGAGGAAGUAGUGCCAUCGGAGAUUUCAGUGAUGGAAACGCUUAAUAUCGGGACCAGAUCACCCCACAGCAAGGAUCCAACUGGCAGCAGUAAACAAAGCUCUAGUCAUCGAGGAUUAGGCCGAAUCUAUGGUGGGGAUAAUUCGAGUUCUGCCAAGCUCUCGUGUCAAAAAGAUACCUCGUCUCACCAGAACGGAGGUGGACGCAGUCAUGAGUUGUCUAAUCAACAAAGUCAAUCGAGAAACCGGUCCAAGCAGGGGAAGGGUGAGAAAGGAAAUCCUGACGAUCUCUCUCGAUCUGGAGCUUCCCGGAAUGUGAAGCAGGACAAGAGUGGUGGUAGUGGAUCAACCUCGAACUCUAGUCAGCGCAACAAAAAGUCUAACAGUGGCCACGUUUGCGGUGAAAAGCAGAAGAAUGGACGUGGUAAUAACAACAAUGGCACUUCUGGAAGCGGAGGCCGAACUCCUCGUGCGGCAGUGGAGUUUAGCCUUGCGGACAUUGCAAAUGUUACUCCAAAAUCAUUAACGACAUCCGACAAGGCUUUUCAUCGCCAAGAAUCAUCGUCAUCUCAUACUAGCGACAGCAGCGUGUUAAGCACUGGAGCUGGAGGAACGGUAGAGGAUGAGCAUGGUAACGGCAAUAAAGGGAAGCGUAAAGGUGGAAGGCAUAACGUUGUGUGGUCGACCAAUUCUAACCGGGGAGAGUCUUCACGACGCCAAUCAGCGAGCAAGACAGGAUCAAUAGAGCAGCAAGAGAAAGCCAAAGUGAUUUUCAUGGCAAAUGGAGAUGUGGCAAAGGAUAGAUUGAGGCCUGUUAUUCAGACAUAACCUUCUGGUCUAGUGAAUUGUCUGUUGAGGCUAUUUGUAAUACCUCGAUUCCCACUUUUUUUUUUUAAUUUCAAGAGACUGUGAUAUAGUUUCAACUAUAGUUGUAACUUUGCAUAUUUUUCUUUUUAUUUUUUUUACCCUUUUAUUCUUAUAAUAAUUAUCAUCAUAUCAUUGUAACAUGUUUAAAGUACAAAGACUG